AACAAGACAAGAUGAAUACAGAAACGGUCUCAGUGCCACAUGAAAUCUGUGUUCGUUUAUCGGAAGCCCGGCUCGAUGACGUCGUUGUUACGGAUAGCAUCAUAAUGAUGUUUGGCCACAGCCUAACCCCAUACUGUAACCGAGCGGUGAUUUAUAACACAAACCAACAUACACUUAUAGCAACCAAAAUAUGUUCCUCAGAGCAAAUUCCUUCAUAAGAGCAUUUCACACAACAGUACCAAGAAAUAUGAAGAUCGCAAUCACAGGAGCACGUGGCACAGUCGGCCAGGAGGUCGUCAAGCUGUGCGCUGAAAAGGGCCAUGAAACAGUACAGAUCAACCGCACCGAUCAAGAAAAGGACGAUACCCCCAACACAGAGAUGCGCACGGCGGAUGCAGCAAACAGCUACGAAGACACAGUCAAAGCCUUCAAGGGGUGUGACGCCGUCAUCCACCUCGCUGCGAUUCCCAACCCCGUGGACAAGCAUGACAGCACGGUCUUCGCCAACAACGUGCUGGCGGCCUUCAACGGGCUGAGGGCGGCCGCGGAGGUCGGAAUAAAGCGAUUCUGCUACGCGAGCAGCGUCAACGCCAUUGGCCUCGCAUACGCAAACCAGCCGCUCAAGUUCCCCUACUUCCCCAUCGACGAGGACUACCCCGUCAACCCCACGGAUGCGUAUGCGCUGGGCAAGGUGGAAGCCGAGACGGCGGCCAAGGCGUUCCCCAACUGGUAUCCUGGCAUGAAGGUCGCAUGUCUGCGAAUCCACGAGGUCGCAGGCAAGAAGGAUGUGCUGCAGGAGCACAAAGAGAACUGGGAGGAUGCUGGCGUCAAGCAGCUCUGGAGUUGGGUCAACCCUGUCGCGACGGCGAGAGCCUGCCUUCUGUCUGUCACAGAGUCGGACAAGUUUGAGGGCUGUGAGAUCUUUAACAUCUUGGCUCCGGACACGACACUGGAUACACCAUCGAAAGAUCUUGCAAAGAAAUAUUACCCCGGCGCCGAGAUCAAGGGUGACUUCAGCGGCAACCGUGCCUUCUGGACGACAGAUAAGGCAGAGAGGAUUCUGGGCUGGAAGCAUCACGAGAAGGAGUAGGGCAAACAAUGGGACUAUAGCGUUACCUAGUAAUAUCUAGCAUUUUUUAAGGCGCUGUUUUGCAGCGAGGUAAUACCAAUUGGCAUGUUGAAAUGCG